CAGUUUUGGCCUUUUUGGGUUUGCUGUCAACUUUUAAUAGGGAAACAUGUUCUUUGCCCGUAAAUAACAUUUAAAUUAUGAACCUUCAACUGUCAACCUUAACAGUCAACAUUAACUGUCAACUUCAACUGUUAACAUGAAAAUGUCAACAAUCAUUUGUGUCAAUAAUGAAUAGGAAUUGCAUUCCAACUCCGAAACCAAAAAAUGAUUUGAUCCAUUGAAGACUAAACCUGGGAUUGAGAUGUUAAUUUAGGCUGAUUAUUGGGCAAAUUGAUGGCAAAUCAGAUAUUUCAUUGCAUUGGAUUUGCUAUAAGAUUGUAAUAAUAAUGACAACAAACGGUGUGAAAGUGAAAGCAACAACUUAUACGAUAUCAAACUCAUCAUCUUCAUCAUUAUUAUUGUUAUCAACUCCUCAUUGCCAAACCAUUCAACCCGAACCUCACAUAUCAUCACCAUGGAAACUUUAUCAUCAUCAUCAUGAUGAAGAAGAAGAAGAAGAAAAAGAAAAGGAAAAAUGUUCUCGGUUGAAACUCAUCUCAGGUAUACCUGCGCCUUCGAUAAAGUAUAGAGUGAAAAGAGGAAUGAAACAAGAAAAGGAUGAAAGGGAGGCAAAAAUAUCUUCAUGUUUAUCAUCUCAUUCUGGAGCCGGACAUGUUGUUUCCAGUUUAUCCAAGACUGUUCAUGGAACAGGUAAUAACUGUUUACCUCGUGUUAAAAAUAAAACCAAACCAAUUGUCAAUUUUAACUUGAAAAUGAGUAAAGAUCAAAGUGAUUCUGGUUCGACUGUUAAACCAACAGCAACCGUUAAAGGUACAUCAACCUCUUCACCAACCAAACCAUCAAAUGAAUUAAAAUCAACAGUUAAAAUGAAUGGGCAACCACCAACAUCACCUUCAACCUCCAACAAUUUACAUCAACCAAGUAUUGCCAAGGUUUCACCCAUUUUACAGUCAAAACGAAGUGAUAAUGUAAACACAGAUUCUAAUGAGAUUCUGAAUGAUUCGGAUAAAAGAGUUAAUCUUGAUUGUAAUAAUGAUUGUGUUAAAAGUGAUGAGGACAAUGUUAAUGUAAACUGUAGCAAUGAAGAUGGCAAUGAAAAUUGUGAAGAUAAAUGUAAUGUUUCCUUUGGAGUUAAACCUUUGGGUCCAUUGAAAAUCCAUGAAACUGGUAACUAUGGGUUAAACGAUUUCUAUUGUACGCAACCAAAUUGUACCGAUAAACGAAACCGAGUCCGGUCAGAUUGUGGUCGAGCAGGCUGUCGUUUAUCUUCCAGGUCAUCGUCAAUUGGUAAUCAUCAUCGUUCACGAGAAGAUUCUUCAUCUAGAUCACCUUGUUACAGACGAUCAUCUGGUGGCUCACCUAGAAAAUGCAGACGAAGAUGUGAUAAUAGCAAUUAUAUCAUUGAAAAUGCAAAUUCAAUUGAAGACAGUUUUGAUGAUACAUCCUCAUUGUCAUCGGAAAGUGCAACAACAGCUACAACAACAAGCUCGUCUAUGAGUUCAUCGACUUAUGGUGACAUCCCAGGAAUCUUGAAUCAUCAAUUGAUUAAAACUUCUUCUGACUCCAAUGCUAAAUUAAGUGUCAAUCAUCAAUUUCAAACAUCAGCAUCUAAUCAGCACCAAUACAUUUCCAAUAACCAACAACAAUACAAUCAAAAAGCCCAUCAACAAACUCCACAUAAAUCCUCUAAGCAUUACCGUAAUGGUAAUUCUAAUCAUUCAAUGUCUAAUGAUUUAAAUCGAUCAACUAAUCCAACAUGUUCACCGGCACCACCGGCAACACCAACUCAUUGUCCAGUGAUUAGAUCACCACGGAAAUCGUCUAAUGUUAAAAAAGCCGAUUCUUCAAUCCAAACAGAAUCAUCGGCAUUGUCUGGUCGAUCAGUUGACUCUAUUCACCACAACAGUAAACAUUCAAUUCCCAGUUCAUUACCGGUCUGGAAAAAGUAUAUUCAUGAGCAGCAUAUUGUCAUGAAGCCGAAUACCAUUUCAGCUUCUUCCAAUCAAACAAAUAUUCAACCAGGUAAAGGGGCAAUGGGUUCAUCUGGAGGAUCAUCGUCUGGUAACAAAAUGUCGUCAGAUUUUUCAAUGUCCAAUGAUUCACUUAGACACCUGAAAUAUACUGGAAGCAAAGGAUGCACUUCAUUGGGUUUUAUUGGAAAUGGUUUGAGUGGAUCGAGUACAAUUGGGUCUCCUUAUCACCCUAAUAAUUCAGAUAGUAAGGCAAUUGCUGUUAUUAGAGCGACUUCAGCAACAACAGGAAGAAUACCUAACCAUUCUAAAUCAUAUGCUGGGUCUGGCAGAUUAAAAGGGACCGGUAAAGGUGUUAGCCAAACAACAGGAUCAUCAUCACCGUACUCUUACUCGGAUGGAGUUUACUCUGACACAGAAUAUAUGAUGUCAAAGCGAUCCUCUUCAUCGGCAUCAAAUUAUUACAACAACAAAUACUCUUAUUUAACAUCUCCAGUUCGUAUCCGAGGUAACCAGAGUAAUUCUCGAACGACUGGAAACACUAAUGGAGGUAAUUCAGGUCCCUCAAGUUUGCCUUACAGCUCUUCUGAAAUGUCAUCUGAUUGGUUAUCUCGAGACUCAAGUGGUUACGGUCAAAUAUUGAGUCCAUGGUUACAACGAAAUGGAUUUGGACUUCAACGUAACGCUCUUACAGAGGCAGAAAGCAUGGAAAGUUUGAAUGAUAAUGGGAAAGGUUUUCAAGGAAACGGUGUUCCUGGUAGUAGAUUACAUGGUACAAAUGGUGAUGGUUUGGGUCACUCACGUCGACCCAGUUCAGUUACUUCCAAACUAAAUUCAAAUCAAGGUGAUCAUUCAUCAACUCCUAGUCGUUUGCCAAUGACUCCCAACCGAAGUAGACUUAGGGCUUCAAAUGGAUCAAUUUUAGCUAGUCCAAGCCUUGGAAGUGAUUUAACCAGAAAAACAAUGGAUAAAGACAGUGAUCUCUACUCUUCUGCUUUAUCUUUAGUUUCAAAUUCAACAGUGUUCACACAAGUUGAAGAUAAACACAAUUUGGAAGUUCGUAAACUUAAGCGUGAUCUAGAGCAAGCAAAUGAAAAGGUUAUUACCCUUACAUCACAACUAAACACAAAUGCUCAUAUGGUAACCGCAUUUGAACAAUCUUUAUCAGUAAUGAAUUCUCGUCUUCAACAAUUGACAUCAAUGUCUGAACGGAAGGAUGUUGAGCUGACUCGUUUAAGAAACAUGAUUGAUGAGAUUACUUGUCAUAAAAAACGAGACCCAAAUGAUUCAAUCGAGAGUUCACCUGUUAAAAAAGGAGAUAAAAAAAGUAAAGAGAAUAAGUCACUUCUCAUAAGAAGGCAUACUUUUGCUUCAGUUAAUUCUGAUGAUCUCAAAUCUAACUUGCCUCGUCAUCGAUCAAAAGAUUCAGUUUCCAGUUCACCUGAACGCGAUGUUAAACAAUCUGGGAACAAAAAUCGUAAAAAAGAUCGCAAAUACUCAGCCGAUACGAUUGACUCUCAAGGAUCUAUUCCUGUUCAAAGCUCCAAAGGCUGGUUGAGAAGCUCAUUGACCAAAGCUUUUCGCAAAUCAAAGAAUGGCUCAAAGUGUCAUGGAUCAAUAUCUGAUGCAGAGAUAUUGUCAUCAAUGGGUGGUAAUGUUGUCCGAAGGAAUGGUUGUGCUCUUAUGGAUUCCUGUUCAGUUCCUAGUUCACCAAUGAUGACACUUAAAUCAUAUAGAGAUUUGCCAACAGGAGCAGAUAGAUUGGAAGAUGAAAUGGUUGAUGGAUUGAAACAGCAACUCAGAGAAAAAGAAAAGGCAUUAACUGAUCUGAGAUUAGAAUCAUUGACAGCAGCUCAUCAAUUGGACAACUUUAAAGAAAUGGUUAACAAAAUGAGAGCUGAAAUGAUGUCAUUAAAACAAGAUAAUGAUAGAUUACAAAGGAUGGUAAUAACUAAAUCACUGGCUUCUUCAAAAAGUUCAGUCCUAAGUGGCUCAGGUAGUGGAGGCGCGAAUGGGACAAACGGUUUAUCUCCAAACGGUGAAGCUCAUCAGCAUUCCAAAAACUCAUCUAUUCAAUUGACUGACCUCGACGAUACCUUGCUUGAGGGAGGACGAAAGGUAUCACUUCUUUUGGGUUCACUCACUCCCAAUGGUAAUAAUGGAACCGGUAAUGGACUGUUGAUUGGAACGGUUAUUGUUUCACCAGAAACUACAUGGGGAAUCCUUGAUGCUUUGGUCAGAAAAACUGUUCAAGACUAUCUUGACAGAAUUGACUCGGAUCGUAAUUUAGGUCUUUCCCUUGAAUCGAUAGCUUUUUAUGAAGUUGGUUCUGAGCGACAACUUCGUAAUUUAAGAUCCUCAUCCUCAUCUUCGUCUGGAAAUGAAUCAUCACCUGAGCUAUUACCAUUCGGAUACAUUGUUAAUGAAUCAAUAAUUAAACUGGGUUGUCGGUCGUUCUUAGAAUCUUUCGUUUUUGAAACAUUAAUUCCUAAAAAUAUUAUCCAACGGUUUGUUAGUCUUCUUCAUGACCAUAAAAGACUCAUACUUUAUGGUCCAUCUGGAACUGGUAAAACAUAUUUAGCCUCUAAGCUGGCUGAAUAUUUGGUGGUUAAAAUUCAGCGAGGUGAUCGAACGAGUAAAGAAAGUUAUGAUUCCGGUGAUGGAGAUAAUUUGGGUGAAAUGAUUCCUCCAGGAUCCAUCGCUACAUUCAAUAUUGAUCAUAAAUCGGCAAAUGAGCUCAAAUCAUACUUAACCACUCUUGGAGAGCAACUAGAAUCUUCCGAUGAAACAUGCAAAGAUUUGCCAACAGUCAUUAUUCUUGACAAUUUACACCAUGUUACAUCAAUUGAUGAUCUAUUCACCGGUAACACCAUUUUUCAUAAAAAUAAAUUUCCUUUCAUUAUAGCAACAAUGUGCCAAAGUAAUUCUUGUACACCAAAUUUACAACUAAAUCAUAAUUUCCGUUGGCUGUUAUGUGCCAAUCACAUGGAACCUGUUCGUGGUUUCCUUUCUCGUUACUUAAAGCGUAAACUAGUUACCUCUGAGAUUGACGCGGGUUCAAUUGAUUUAACCAUCCCAACCAAUAUGAUCACUAUUGUAGACUGGAUACCUAAAGUUUGGAAUCAUAUUAAUCAUUUUCUGGAAGUUCAUCAUUCAUCUGACGUUACUUUGGGGCCAAGUUUAUUCAUCACUUGUCCAAUUGACUUGGAAUCUUCUCGAGCCUGGUUUAAUGACCUUUGGAACUAUUCAAUACAUCCUUAUUUGAUUCAAGCAGCAAGAGAAGGCCUACAAAAGAAUGGCUUAAGAAGUCCAUUUGAAGACCCGACAAGCUGGAUAAUUAAAACUUAUCCUUGGAAACAGUCAUUAAUUGAAGACUCAGUCACAACAAAUGAUGAGAAUGGCUCAGAAAACUCGACAAUUAAUAUCAACCCAAUAAAACUCGAUGAUAUUCAACCUUAUCCUGGUCUAACAAUUUCAUCGCCAAUCUCAGAUCCACUUUCAGAUAUGUUACUUCGGCUUCAAGUGGCCACAAGUGCAAACGAAGAUUCAGAUGGAAGUGGAUUAGGCCCCCAAAGUCAAAAUAAAGACAACUCAAUUUGAAAGCUGAAAGAAGACAAAGUGAAAUAUUAAAUUUCCAGACUGAACAAAUAAUUUCAGAAAAACAAAUUUCCAUGUUACCAAAAAAUAUCCAAAAAAUACUCUAAGUCAUCAAUAAAUUUUUAAUACACUUCUAUUAUAUUAUGAAUGGUUGAUAAACUAGCUCAUUAAAAAAGAAAACUUUCAUAAGUAAUAAAUCAGUCACAAUUAAAUCGUUUGUAAUUCUCUGUUAAAGUUUUUGUACUUAAUCAUGAAAAUUCCAUUUCUAAAGAUUUUUAAGCUUGUAAUCAAGUUCCCGAUUUGCUUUCUAAUAAAUCAA